AUGACCACCGUUUGCCCAACACCCAAUUCUCCCCCCGAGCUCUCCGGGUCCAAAUCCUCCAAAUCCUCCUCGUUUCAUUCCUCGUCCCACCCGGACGGCCCGGACAGUAUCUUUACGGACAUCUCGAAUUUCGAAGACAUUGGCUUGGAAGAUGAUGCCGAUUUGUCAUACGCCGAUCCACCAGUCUCCUACGGCCGCUCUGGCGCAAUGGCACGAUCGCCCGCCGCCAGAAUGUCAAGCAAAGUCCCUGCGACCUCAACUCGCGACUUGACCGCGACCCCGAAGCCUCGCAAACGAAGCCCUCUGCCCCCGCUUCACAGUGGAUCGGCCAAUUCGCCGGCGGGCUCCCUCGCAGCGAGAGCUGGAAACCGGAGAGGUUCGAGCAACACAUUGCAGUCACCUGGUUUGACACCAUCGCAAGCUCACCGUUCACGAUCCGUCUCACCGCUACGGCCAACAUCCAGUCGCUCCGCCUCGAGCACCAGCCUUGCUCUGUCUCCGCUAUCCGCACGAGUACCCAUCCAGAAACAAACCUGGCAACCGAAUCGCAAGUCGCUUAAAGAACUGGAGGAAGAAUACCAUGACUCGGACGAUGAACUACCGGACGAUGCAAGUCUAUGGAAUAUUCCUAUUUCUCCUCGCCCAGUGCAAGAUCGGACUCCAUCGCGGCCUGCUAGUCCAAAUGGGCGCAGUCCCGGGCGGCGACCAUUGCCUAUCCAGCACACCGUAGCAGGAAGCGAUAAGGCAGCGUCACCCGAAAACACAGCCAAGGCAUCCCGCAUGAAGCGUAUACAGCGAUCGAGCUCCGCAGGACCGGAGCGUGGACAAAUCUCGCCACGCAAUCCUCGUACCUACUCGUAUAACAGUUAUCUAUCUGACUUAUCCGAGGAAGCAAAGAUCAUCACUGAAGCUCUGGAGCUACAUGCUGAUGAUAGAGAUCGCAAGCGGGAGGAGCAUAUACAAACCGGUGCUCCGCGAAAGUCCAGCGAGGACUCGCAUCGCACAUCCCGUGAAGCUGUCGCUUUACCGCCGCUGCAGAAAUCAAAUAUCAUGAUCGAUCCGCUGCCAAUUAGCAAGGAGAAAGAAAAGGUCCUGACGCGGACACGCCCAAGCUGGCUUCCGCCCAAGGACCAGAAGGAGGAGAGAAAACACCUGAAGCAGUAUCAGCAAAUGAUGGCCCAGUCUCGAGAAAGCGAGAAACGCAAAGCUGCCAAGGAUGCAAAUGUGCAGUGCGAAAAGGACAACACCCGAGUAACACUGCAGAACAUCUGGGAUGAAUACGUGUAUCCGAAUUGGGACCGUGCUCUCAGCGAGCCCCGAAUUCGCGAGCUAUGGUGGCGUGGAAUUCCGCCUCGCAACCGGGGCACCAUAUGGAAACGAGCCAUUGGCAACGAACUAGCAUUAACCGAGGAAACCUUUACCAAAGCGCUGCUCCGAGCAAAGGACCUCCGAAGCAAGAAAGAUGGAGAAAGCGAGAGUAAUAAACGACUACUGGACUGCUUUGAGGCAAUCGAAACAGACGUACCGAAGGCCUUCCCAGAUCUGAACCUCUUCCAAGAAGGCGGUCCACUGCGGGAAACCCUCAUUGACGUCCUGCAAGCAUACUGCAUGUACCGCAGUGACGUAGGCUACAUCCACGGCCUGCACACCAUCGCCGGCCUCCUCGUUUUGCAAUUCCCAACCCCCGCUUCCGCCUUCCUCGCCAUGGCCAACGCCCUCAACCGUCCUUUACCCGUCGCGUUCCUCACCUGGGACCGUGGCGCCAUGGCCCGCUCCUACACACUAGCCUCGGACACCUUGCGCUACAAGUUCCCCCGUCUACACGCCCACCUGACCGAAACCUUCCAACUCUCGGAGCCAGAGAUCUGGGAGCCGAUCUUCCGCUCGCUGCUGACAAACGGCCUGGACCUCGAGCGCAUCUCCCGCGUCUGGGACUGCUGGGUCUUCGAGGGCGACCGCAUCAUGAUCCGCUCCGCCGUCGCCAUUCUGGGCUGUCUCCAGGCGCAGUUGUUCUCCUUCCACCAGACGGAUGACCAGUCCCGUAUUGCUGUGCGUGACGUGCUGGGCUGGGGUCCCCGCAAUAAUGGAGUAAACAGCCAGAAACCUAAAGAGCGACACAGCGCCCCUGCCGCAGCUGGCUUUGGUGGUGGGCAGAUCGAGAACCCCGGCGUUGCUGAUUAUUGGGUUCUCACUGCUGCAGGCGACGAAGAUGGGUUUAUGAAUGCCGUCCGAGAGGCCGGGAAGGUGCGGCAGCAGACUCAAUAG